UCGUAAUUCAUUCGCGUUCCGUGUGUCAUGGCGACUGUGCGUGCGUUACGGACUAGUGGUUUAAUACUUUUAUUAUUUUUAAUAAACACGCUCGCCGUGUCGCCAUGGAUAACGUCGGUGGACGUAGAUAACGCAUUGUGCGAUGAGUUUAAUUGUAAUUAUCGCAUAAAAGUGUCCGGUGGUUUGCGUGAAUGGUCUUUAACCUCCCGAGUUAAGAAUCGUGGUGAUGUGUGUUCUGAUAAUUUGAUGCUUGAGAAGUCGAAUGUAUUUGUCGAUUUGACUGUUCCCGUCUUCGAUAAAUUGUAUUUUUGCGGGGGGCGUGAUGGUGUUCUGUAUCAUGAGGGCCCUGGGUUAUAUUUGAUCGGCGGUGACGUCAUCAGCCGCGAACUACCACAAGCCAGUGAGAAUGAAGUGAUACCACAUGAAAUAGAAGACGUCAGUGAAACAGACACAAAGUAUUACAAUGAUCUCAAUAUCAAUAAAUACGGUGAAGAAAUCGAUGAUGGCGUCGAAACUCUGCCCAAUAGUGAUGAUAUCAGAAAGAAAAGGGAAGCAAACGAAACAGAAGUGACCGAUGUGGAAACUAGCAGUCUAGGUGAAAAAACAAUCCAACCGAAUGUAACUCUUAAAGUUAUGGGGCUGAGGGUUGAAGAGGGUGAAAAGGAACCUAAGAUAGUGGACGGAAUGAUACCGAGUGUGCUCAGAGAAACGAAAUUCACGCUCAGAUUGUUCGGUGAAGGCUUCACAGAUGACACCUGGAUAGCGUUUACGCAUCACCCGCAGGCGUACGGGUCGCCGUGUCGGUUCUUGAUACAAGGAGAGUAUAAGAUAAACGUAGCAGAACACGAUUCUGGGCUCUUCGAGCUGAUCGCCCCACCACCCCUAGAAGACUACAAGUUCUACAUCUGCGCACGAAACACCCCAAACGGCGAGCUCGUCCACCAGGGCAGUGAGGGUUGGAAGAUCCUAGCCACACACAACAAGCUAUUACCCCUCUGGGCCUCCCUGAUCCUCAUUGUCAUCUUGCUCGUCAUGGCAUCUCUUUUCUCCGGCUUGAAUCUCGGUCUCAUGGCGUUGGAUAGAACAGAGUUGCGGAUCAUCGCGAACACGGGGACGGAGAAAGAGAGGAAAUACGCGAGGGCAAUCAUGCCGGUUCGCGCGCACGGAAACUACCUCCUGUGCACGAUUCUCUUGAGUAACGUGGCCGUGAACAGUACGUUCACGGUGAUAUUGGAUGACCUUACCUCUGGAUUGUACGCUGUGAUCGGUUCAACGCUGGCUAUUGUGUUUAUAGCUGAGAUCACGCCGCAGGCGAUCUGCGCGAGACACGGGCUGUUGAUUGGCGCUAAGAGUAUAUGGAUUAUGAAGAUCGUGAUGGGCAUCUGUGCUCCUCUCGCCUGGCCAACCAGCAAAUUGUUGGAUUACUUCUUAGGAGAGGAGAUCGGUACGCAUUAUAACAGAGAGAGGCUGAAGGAAUUGGUCAAGGUGACAAACCACGUCAACGAUCUCGACAAAGAGGAGGUGAACAUCAUUUCGGGUGCCCUCGACCUCCGCAAGAAGACCGUCAAGGACGUGAUGACCAAACUGAAGGACUGCUUCAUGCUGCCCAUCAACACGGUGCUGGACUUCGAGACCAUGACAGAGAUUGUUAAGUCAGAUAGAUACUACCAGAACCCGUGCAACUUCGUCUUCGAGGACGUCACCCUGGACGUGAUGCUGAAGCAGUUCAAGGAAGGUCACAAGGGCCACAUGGCGUUCGUGCAACGCAUCGAAGAGGGCGACGGGGAUCCGGUGUACGAGACCGUCGGCCUGGUGACGCUGGAGGAUGUCAUCGAGGAGAUGAUUCAGGCGGAGAUCGUGGACGAGAGCGAUGUGAUAUCGGACAACCGUACCAAAAAGCGUCUAGCCCGGCCGCUAAACAAGCUGCACGAUAUCGCAGCGUUCGCUGGGCACCAGCAUCAGCGUGUGCACGUGUCGCCACAGCUCGUGCUGGCCACCUUCCAGUUCUUGAGCACAAGCGUCGACCCGUUCAGGGCUGACAUGAUAUCGGAGACGGUGCUGCGCAGACUCCUCAAGCAGGAUGUGAUCCAGCACAUCAGGCUCCGCGGCGAUGAGGAGAAGAACGACCCCAAGCGGUUCGUGUACCAGGAGGGGAAGCCGGUGGACUACUUCGUGCUGAUCCUGGAGGGGCGCGUGGAGGUGACGGUGGGGCGCGAAAACCUCGUGUUCGAGGCGGGGCCCUUCACGUACUUCGGCGUGCAGGCGCUCACGCAGAACGUGGGGCUGGCGGAAUCGCCGGCACCUUCCACCCUCGGCUCCCUGCAGAACCUCAACAUGGACUCGAUGCUGCGUCACACCUUCGUCCCGGACUACUCCGUGAAGGCGAUCGCCGAAUUGUACUAUCUCACCAUCAAGAGAUCCAUGUACUUAGCGGCUAAACGCGCGACUCUAAUGGAGAAGGGUGUUUUGAAUAAAGGCGGUACCAAUGAACAAAUCGAGCCGGAGGUUGAUAAGCUAUUACGCGAGGGAGAUCGUUUGGAUGAUAUUGUUGAAAACGAAAAGACGACGCCCUCGAAGCAGUUUGUCCCACAACCCUCAAGCCUACUCACAAACUCUACGUUCAAAACUGCGGAACCCGAAACGAAAAAUCCAGAAGAAGAGAAACUACUAAAAAAGUAGCACAAAACUACCAAAAUCUAAAAUAUAGGUAGAAUUAAUGGCGUCUGAAAAGCGAAAAUGCAGUGUUGUUAAUGAAUAUUAAUUUUAAAGUUUUUUUUUUACAAUUUUACUUUUAAUAAUAAUAUAAUGUUUUUUUAUAAUCACACGUCUUGUUACUUAAUUAUGUUUAUUUUUAUGUGUUGUUUCCGGCCGCCACGUUAUUUUUUAUCUGUAUCGAAAUGGCGCCAAAGUGUUCGCAUUUUACGUAUGUUAUGCUUUGGUGAAAAAUGUUAUUAAAAGUAAACAUUCUAUGUACCUAGUUGAAAGUACAAAAUUAUUGUUGAAAGUUUAUGAUUAGUUAAGUUUAAAAGUGGAAUUCAGAAAUAUAUUACAUAAAUUUAACAUUAAAUAUUAUUCAAACUCGGAAUAACAUAAAUUUUUUAAAGUCACUACAAUGAUCUUUCAAAAGUUUUGGCGCCAUUUUAUUACCAAAACUGUUUUACCACAAAAAUAGAAUGAUAAAAAAAGUUCCUAUAACUACGUUUGAACAAAGAAUACUUGUUUAUGAUUUAUUUGUGAGUGUAGUUAAUGUUGCUAAGAAUAACUUACAUAAAGACCUCUAGUUAAUAAUUUAAAAUUAAUGUAUAAUUUUUAAUACUCACCAUAAACUCAUCGAUAUACUUUUUUUAAUCCACAUUAAUUUGAUUUUUUCUAUUAUUAAUUCUCUAUGGAUGUGUGAGAUUCUUUUUAUCGAAAUUCGAGUUCUAUUUUUGUGGUCCAACCGUUUAUUCUACUAUCAGUAGAGGGCAACACUGCCUUGCAAUAUGACAAAUUCGCGGUGAAUGCUUAAUGUAAAAUUACAUUUGUUGCAGAUAUAAGCUAGGUUUAGUUUUUCAAAGUAUUUAAAGGCAUUUGCGAUUUAAUUAUACGUAGUAGUUAUAGCGCUCGCUGACGUAACGUAGCUUUCAAAUAUUGUUUUGCAAUUUGUCGUCAGAUGGCGCUAUUUAGUAAGUAAGAACAAAUAUGGUACUUAUUUUAAAUAGACGACGUCCAUUUUUAAUCCAUUAUUAUCAAUAUCAUCACAAUUAUUUUUUUUAUUAUUGAAUCAAUUAUUUUAUUCUAGUUCUAUGCUAGAAUAAAUUUUUAUGAAUAUUUCACAUGUUUCUAUAAUAAUGUAUGAAUAAAAUAUACUAUCCUUCCGUAUGGUGCCUUAUUACCUAGUAACCUUUCGAUCAGUAAGUCCAUUUUAUUAC